UUCUGAUCUCAAUUUCACACUCACGUGUUUAUAUCUUCUGUGUCUUUUUCUUCAUUGUCGUUGAUUUUUCCGAUGAUAAGACUCAUUUCAUGCAUAUUUAACACCUCUGAAUUCUCUUCAACGGAAUUUUCAUCACUGUCCUGAAAUCCAUUAUUCUAUCGACAAGUUUUUAUAUGCAUCGAUCACCUUAUUAUCCAAUUCGCUGUAAGAAAUCUGAAUUUGUUAUUUUGUUGCUGAGAGAAAGAAAUUGUGGUAGGUUGUUUUGCUUGACUAUUAUUGAGGCUGCACGCAGCCUGGAUGACCAUCAGCUUUAAGCACAUCUAUGAAUAAUUACCGAAUGGAACUUGGAAGACCUGUCUCAAGUAGAAGAAAAUUGAAAGAUUUGUUGCUCCAACGUGAUAAUCGUUUUUGUGCUGAUUGUAAUGCACCAGAUCCUAAAUGGGCGUCUGCUAACAUUGGAGUUUUUAUAUGCUUAAAAUGUUGUGGUAUGCACAGAAGCCUUGGUACUCAUAUAUCAAAGGUUUUGUCUGUGGCAUUGGAUGAUUGGUCAGAGGAUGAAAUAGAUGCAAUGAUGGAAGUUGGGGGAAAUGCUUCUGCCAAUUCAAUUUAUGAAGCUUAUAUUCCUGAAGGAUAUACGAAACCUGGACCAGAUGCUGGUCAUGAGCAGCGUUCAAAAUUCAUUCGGUCAAAAUAUGAACUUCAAGAAUUUCUCAAACCUAGUUUGCGCAUUGUGUCUGGAAAAAGCAGUCUACAAUCAAAUUCUGUCAAUAGCACGAUGGAUAGUUUUAGAAGUACUAGUACUUCUCAGAGAAUGCAGGAAGGCAUGGUAGAAUUUAUUGGACUGUUGAAGGUGAAAGUGAUUAGAGGCACCAAUUUAGCCAUCAGAGAUAUAAAGUCAAGUGAUCCGUAUGUUGUUUUGAGCCUUGGCCAGCAGACUGUCCAGACAACUGUAAUCCCGAGUAACUUGAAUCCAGUCUGGAAUGAGGAAUACAUGCUAUCAGUUCCUGAACAUUAUGGACAGAUGAAAUUGAAAGUAUUUGAUUCUGACACAUUUUCUUCUGAUGAUAUAAUGGGAGAAGCAGAGAUUGAUCUUCAGUCUCUGAUAACAUCUGCUAUGGCAUUUGGAGAUGCUGGAAUGUUUGGCGAUAUGCAGAUAGGAAAAUGGUUAAAAUCCGAUGACAAUGCACUUAUUGAGGAUAGCACAGUCAAUAUUGUUGAUGGUAAGGUUAAACAAUUCAUGUCAAUCAAGCUCCAGAAUGUUGAAUGUGGAGAAUUAGAACUUGAACUCGAGUGGAUUCCUCUUGAUCAAUAGUUACUGUAAUUGAACAAAUCUCUGUAAUUUUUUCUCUUCACCUUGACUCAUCGUCCGAACAUAUAAAACUGUAUUUUUGCCUAUUUAAUUUGUCUGUUAAAUCAUUU